AUGCUGCUGGGAACAGCGAUGGUCGGAGUACUUGACUGCAAUGGUCACGUACAUAUAGUGAGAGCCUUGUUGGACAGCGGAUCUCAGGUAUCAAUUGUUACGGAGAAUUUGGCCCAGAAGCUGCGGCUUCCCCGCAGUUCAUCUGGCAGUUUGUAUGGUUUGGGAGGUUCAUCUGCUCAGCGGACCAAUGGCAGCAUUGAGAUCCAAGUGACAUCCCGUCAUGAUCGGUCAGCUCCUGGGUUGGUAACCACAGCUGUAGUUUUAAAGCGCAUCACGGGUAGUCUCCCUACUGCUUCUGUAUCUCCACGUGUCAUGGAGCGGUGCCAACAUCUUAUGCUUGCAGAUAACAGGCUGUCCACCCCGGGUCCCAUCGAUGUCCUCAUAGGCGUGGACCUGUAUAGUCAGGUGUUCAAGGGCGGUUCUUACCAGUUGGGUGAAGGGUUUCCCACAGCGCAUGAAUCUGUGUUUGGGUGGAUUUUGAUGGGGCAAGCGCCAGUCAACUCUCAAGUGUGUAGUCUCAUGUCUCUGUCUUGCACGACCGACGAGCUGAACUCUACCUUGUCCAAGUUCUGGGAGGUAGAGGAGGUUCCAGCCACCGCCGUGCAAGAUCCAGAGAACAUUCUUUGUGAAAGGCAUUUUGUGGAGACACACACUCGGGACGAGACGGGACGGUUUAUUGUGCGACUUCCCUUCAAAUCCACCCACAUGCCUCUGGGCGAUACCCGUACAUACGCCUUGAAAAGGUUCUUUAACUUAGAGCGCAAGCUACAGAGAGACGCCAGGCUUCACCAGCUCUACAGCGCAUUCAUGGCCGACUACCUUGAAAUUGGCCAUAUGCGGCCUGUGUCCAUGCCUAGCUGUAACGAAAGGUACUACAUACCUCAUCACGGGGUUCUCAAGGAGAGCAGCAGCACCACCAAACUUAGGGCGGUCUUCGAUGCGUCUCAUCCCAGCUCCACCGGUGUUUCGCUGAAUCAAAUUUUGAUGCCUGGUCCCAAGCUGCAACAGCACAUUUCGGACGUCAUAUUGCGCUUUCGCACAUACGCAGUCGUGUUAACUUGCGACAUAAAGCAGAUGUACCGGAAUGUGCGCAUGCACGACGACGAUUGUCGGUACCAGACCAUCUUUUGGUGCGAGUCACCGGACCAGCCCCUCCGGAAGUUUGAGCUGACAACCGUCACCUAUGGCGUAUCCAGCUCGGCUUAUCAAGCGAUCCGCGUCUUGCACGAGUUAGCCAACAUCAACGAGGUCAAGUGUCCAGAGGUUGCCCGUAUCCUUCGGGAAGACACCUUCGUUGAUGAUGUGGUCAGUGGUUGCGGAUCCAUUGAGGAAGCGAAGCUGUUGCAACAGCAGGUGGUCGAUGUGUUGUCACAAGGGGGUUUCACUGUUCGGAAGUGGGCCAGCAACCGUGAUGAGGUCCUCAAUGGCUAUCCUAGCGAUCAUUUGGAGUGUCCCUUUCGAUUCGAGGAAUCAGGGGACAACAUCUUCAAGAUCUUGGGGAUCGAAUGGAAUUCGGACUCGGACAGCUUCGUCUACCAUGUUUCACCCUUCGGGAGAUGCAGAAGUAAGCGGGAGAUUAUGUCGAAUGUUGCUCGUAUCUACGAUCCCUGUGGUUACUUAACUCCUGUGACCUUCAAGGCCAAGGCCUUCUUACAAGGUCUUUGGUCACACAAUUUAGGUUGGGAUGAACCUCUGCCCGAAGAACUCACUACUGAGUGGGCUUCCUUCGCAGAGGGCUUCGUCAAUUUACGGCUGCCCCGGAUUACAAGAUUUGUAUCGUCUGAUCAACCUCUAACCCGUGAGUUGAUGGGUUUCAGCGAUGCCUCGGAAUCUGGGUACUCAGCCGUACUCUAUUUACGCGUGGUAGACGCGUCAGGUGAGGCGACGGUGCAUCUUCUCAUGGGCAAGUCCCGUGUGGCACCCAUCAAGCAGAAGAUGACCAUACCGCGCCUCGAGUUAUCAGGAGCCUUCCUAUUGGCUCGCAUGAUGCAUCAUGUUUUAACGGUGUUGCAGAGUAAGAUGAUCGUCGACCACUCAAUUGCGUGGUGUGACUCCAGCAUCGCUUUGGCCUGGAUUCACACUCCACCGCAUAAGUUAGGGGUCUUUGAAGGAAAUCGGGCCUCCCAGAUUCAGGGUCUCGUUCCUUCAACUGAGUGGCGACACGUUCCAUCAGCGCUCAACCCUGCUGAUUGCGCCAGUAGAGGUCUUCGACCCGACGAAAUUGUCGGGCAUGAUUUAUGGUUGUCCCCGUCUUGGUUACGGGACGACCCUUCCACUUGGCCGGAGAACAUUGCGGUGAACUCGUCCAGUGCCCAAGUGCAUACUGGAACCAUUGCGAGCGAGGAAGAGGUAGUAGCUGUAGACCCUUCUUUUAUUCUCGGUCGCUACAGCUCUCUAUCAAGAACCAAGCGAACAAUGGCUUGGGUUUUGCGAUUCAUCCGCAAUGUUCGAAGUCGCAAUCAUCCGACCAAACAUGACCCGUUGGUCGUACCGGAACCAUUGACGGUUUCGGAGCUUAAUGGUGCCUUGCUGAGAAUGAUUAGGUUGGUGCAGAUGACUUCCUUCUCUGAGGAGAUCACAGCCCUGCGCGAGAAGAAACCCCUCAAGCGACUGACUCAGCUCAGUCCAUUUUUGGAUUCAGAGGGUCUUCUUCGUGUAGGUGGACGUCUUCGGCACUCCGGCUUGCCAUUCUCUGCAAAGCAUCCCAUCCUUUUGCCUUCGAAGCAUUGUCUGACCGAUCUGAUCGUCGACUACCACCACGUCACUCACAUGCACGCCGGACCUGCAUGCUUGAUUUCGGUGCUGAGCCAAAGGUUCUGGAUCCCUUCAGCGCGUCGUGUGGUUCGACACCGAAUACAUAUGUGUCACCGGUGUCACCGCCUGAAGGCUAGACCUUUGCAGCCGCUCAUGGGUGACUUACCUCCCAACCGUGUAGGCCAAAUUCGUCCCUUCCUGAAGGUCGGCAUUGAUUUCGCGGGGCCUUUCCUAGUAAAGGCCUCCACUUUGCGAAAUGCGAAGUCCCACAAGGCAUAUCUGUGUGUCUUCGUUUGCUUCGCCACUAAGGCGAUGCAUUUAGAGGUCACCACAGAUCUCACUACCGAGGCGUUCUUGGCAGCAUUCCAUCGGUUUGUGUCGCGAAGGGGAAUGGCGUCGGAUGACCAUUCCGAUUGUGGGAUGAACUUUCAGGGGGCUAGGCGUCAUCUAUCGGAGGUAGAAACCUUCUUGCGGAGCAAGCAGAGUGACAUAGACGCUGCUCUGGUUGGUCAGGGUGUCAGGUGGCACAUGAAUCCACCGUAUAGUCCGCACAUGGGGGGGUUAUGGGAGUCCGCAGUGAAGUCCGCGAAGCAGCUGCUGAAACGAACCAUCGGGGAUAGGAUUCUCACUUUGGAGGAGCUGAUGACCAUGUUCUGUCGGGUAGAGGCGGUGCUUAACUCGAGGCCGUUGUGUUCUCUGUCGAAUGACCCAAAUGAUUUGGAGGCGCUCACCCCCGGGCACUUUUUGAUCGGUCAACCGUUGGUGGCGCCACCCGAGCCCUGCUUCGAGGAUAUCCCAAUGCCACGCUUGAAGCGAUGGCAGCUUGUGCAGCAGAUUGCUCAGCACAUGUGGCGCAGGUGGCAGCUGGAGUACUUGCACACUCUGCAGCAGCGUGGCAAGUGGACCAAAGAUCUCCCCAACCUUCAGUUGGGAGACUUGGUUUUGAUUAAGGAGGACCACUUGCCACCUCUACAAUGGCGCAAGGGACGAGUGCUCGAGCUGCACCCUGGACCCGACGGGGUCGUGCGGGUUGUCAAACUCAAGACGGGCUCUGGCACAUGCCUGCGUUCGAUGGCUAAGCUGUGUCGACUUCCCACUUUGCAGGAUUAG